AUGACUGUCACAUAUAAGAGGGAAGAUAAAAUAAUAUGGAGCAAAAAGAGCAAGAGCAGCCAGAGCACCAAAGAGAAAGGGGGAUGCAAGCGCAAGUCCAAGAAGGCCAAGAAAGGCUCCUUUAAGGAAGGCAGCUCGAGAUCGAGAAGCAAAGAGAAGGCCGGCAAGGCUAAGUCCAUCGAGGAGAAGGUGGGAAAAGGAAGCAAGGAGAAGACGGACAAAGGCAGUAAGGAGAGGUCGAGCAAGGAAAAGAGCUCCAAGGAGAAUCAUAGCAAGAAAAAGAGCAACAAGGAGAAACAGAGCAAGGAUAAGCAAAACUUCCUGCCGUUUCUGAGCCCGUCCCGGGGAGUCCACGGCGGACGCUACCACCUGCUACAGCCAGGGGUGGUGGCAGACUGCGUAGAGCAACCCAUCUACGACCUCACCUUGGGAAACAUUACGGGUACAAGAAAUGUCGAGGACCCCGAUCGCGAGUGGAGCAUGCUCGACGUUGAAAACCCAAAGGAGAAAAGGCCCACGACAGCGCAGAGCAAGAGCAGCAAGAGCACCAAAGAGAAAGGGGGAAGCAAGCGCAAGUCCAAGAAGGCCAAGAAAGGCUCCUCUAAGGAAGGCAGCUCGAGAUCGAGAAGCAAAGAGAAGGCCGGCAAGGCUAAGUCUAUCGAGGAGAAGGUGGGAAAAGGAAGCAAGGAGAAGACGGACAAAGGCAGUAAGGAGAGGUCGAGCAAGGAAAAGAGCUCCAAGGAGAAUCAUAGCAAGAAAAAGAGCAACAAGGAGAAACAGAGCAAGGAUAAGCAAAGUAAAGAAAAGAAACAAAGCAAGGAGCCCAAAUCGCCACAGAAGAUAGUCGGCUGGCUGGAUGGCUUGAAGAGGAGGACGACGUGA